CGAAUGUGAACCGACCUGCAACUUUAGGAGGAAAAUUAAAUCCUGCAGGACAAAGACACAAAGACUGAACUUGUCUGGUGGACAAACAGAAGAGAAAGACUGGACAACAAAAUGAAACUACCAGCCUUAGCUUCCACACCAGUGUGUAUUCGUCAUGACACAGCUGCGGUCCAGCAGGGUCGCUGCCUGGUGGUCACUCCCAAGACCUUUCCCAUCAUCUCAGACUCUUCCCGACUGUGGACAAGCACUCAGAGUUUUCCCAGACUGAAUCCUUUACAUCCACCUUUGGUCCAUAAACGCAUCGUCAGUCUGGAGACACCCGCUGUUCACCACCACAACCACCAGAGGACACUGAUCAUGCAGAGAAGAGAGCACCACAGGUAUCAUCAAGUGUGGAGAAAACCCUUUUAUGGAAGCAGCAGUGAAAGAGAAGAAUACAGGAGGGAGCUGCUGGAACAGUUAAAGAGGCAGAUGGAGGAGAAACGUGUGGCCCUGAAACUGCAGCUGGUCGGUGGAGUGAAGGAGUCAGAGUAUUUAUGUGAAGUGGACCGUCUCGCCCUGUCCAGUGACAGAGAGCAAAGGAUCCAGCACAGCAGAGCAAUGACAGUGUUCAGAGACGAGAACAAGAAGCUAAUGGAGCAGAGCUGGAGGGACAGAGCACUAACACGCUCCCAGGAGAUCCUGAAGGAGAGAGAGCUGCUCCGCCUCAACCCCAUUAACUGGAGUGGAACACUGAAAUAGGUUGAACCUCAACAUCCUGGGUAACAGACUUCAGGCUUUGCUGUAGGACUUGGUUCGGCAAGGGUGUCAGAUGACAUUGAAAAAUAACAUACUGUAUAUAGUUCAUGUAAUUAGUGCUGUGAUAGUCACUGAUGGAACUUAAAGGGACAUUUGGAGCAUUAGAAUGUCACUGUAUUUCCAGUUAUACUUUAUACCAGUUAUUUUAGGGUAUGGUAAAAAUCUAAACAUAGAACUGACACAAUUUAUAAUGUUGCUUCUGUUACAUUGUCAGACUUGUUUUUAAA